AGGGAACUGAGGAGGAAUAGCCACUUCCUGUUUGGGCCCGUCGCUGCAGCAUAUCUGGCUGAGAUGCUUCCCUGAUCACUGAGGACUUAAGGAACACGAUGUGGACGCUCACACCUCUCUUCAUCCUGGGACUCAACCUCUGCCAGGCCACGACAGAAGGCAGCUCCACACAGAUGUACUACAUGAGGCUGAUCAUAGAGGACUCUGCGAUCAAGAACCUCACUGAGAGACUGGGCGAGGACUUUGUGAAGGAACCCGACCUGCAGGUGCAACAUCUGAACAUUACCACAGUGUGUGUGAGAAGUGGAGGCGGCAGCCAGUGCGUCUGCGAGUCUGGCUACAGGUGGAGCGACAAAGACUGCGACCAUGCUGAGGGCAGUAGCUGCACCUUCCCUACAAGCACCAAGAUGUGUGUUCACAACUCUGCAGUUGCUAUCAAUGGAUCCCUUCGUUUGGGUGGAUCCAGUUAUCAAAACUGCCUGAGACCAGCGGACACUACGGAAUACAAGACCUGUCAUACAACCCUGUUCCAGAUGAUGAAAUCAGUGUACAGCACGCUGCCGGGGUUUGACACCUUAGAAAUUAUCAAAUACAGGGUCGGUAGUGUCAUCGUUGAGUUCGUUUUGGUUGUUGCUCAAAACGUCAGACAGCAAGACUUGAUCGACAAAUCAGAUGAACUGACCAGUAAUCUGACGGCGUCCCUGGAUCUGGAGAGUUCAGGCCUCAUCAACUUAAUCAUGCCUGACUUCCCGGUGUGUUUCCACAUGUCGCCCGUUCUUACAUGUGAGUUACGGGAGGCCCUGAACACUCCACCGGUGUGGCAGCUUAGCCGGGGCCUGCAGGUGACGGAUAUCGUUACCGGCACCGAGGCCACGGUGACUUCUUUCCCGAGAAAUACCACCCUCACAAUCAAGCACAUCUCUGAGCUCUGGGAAGGGGUCUAUUCAUGUGCCUACAAUCAGGGCAAGAACAGCCUCCACAUUUCCCACAAAGCCAGCGCUCUGAUGGACAUCGCCCUCCUGCCUGACAUCCUCAUCAGCACCAAGCCGGAGUUCCCGCUCUGUGCAAAGGGUGGCGUGCAGGUGGUGAAAGUCUUAUGUGAGAUCGGGAAAAACACGGAGAACUACACGGUGAAAUGGAUCAACAAAGACCUCGUUAACGUGCGUCCUUUUGAAGCAACGAAGACAGUGUUCAAAGCUGAGGCCAUCAUCUCGUGUGAAAACUCAUCGACUACGCCUGAGGUCACCUGCAUCUUUGAGAACCGCUGCAAAGAGAAGAGAUUAGCGAACACCACCAUCAACAUCAUACAUGAAGGUGAUAUGUUCUGUGAGGCUGAAGGAGACUGGGGCAACGCCAAAGCAGGAUUCACCGCCAGGUUGAGAUGCACGGGGAAAACCGGACACCGAUACAGGAAGUGCACAAAGGGAGCUACGGGAGCCGCUUGGGAGCCUGAAGAAUCGUGCUGUGUGAACCAGGACCUGGACAAUGUGCUGAAGAAGGCGUUAAAUGCGAACAUCGGGCUCGGCUCUCUGAAUGCAAACGCAGCCGACGUGUUUUCUCAGCUCGAUAAAGUCACCAACAACUCGCAGAGGAUAAACUCCCACUCCAACCUGAACGCCUCGGUCCAGGUCCUCUCCAGUCUGAGCACGAUGCUCCAGAGCAUCAACGACGACUCCACGGCCGAUAACUUUUUUGAUUCCUCCAGUAAUCUUCUAGAGAAAUCUCUCAAAGACUCCUGGACCAAGAAGAAGGGGACGGAGAACUUGACCCUGGCAGAGAGGUACCUGAGCUCUGUGGAGAAGUUGAUCAGCGUCACCAACGUGACCCGAGUAACUAAGAAGAAGAACAUCGAGGUGGCCGUGUCCAACUGCACCAACACAGACAGCCAAUGCAACAACAAGGUGUUCAACGUCUCCGUGGUCCUGGAGAGCUCCGACCCCGGCAACGUGAAGACGGCCGGCUUCAAAGAGCUGGAGAAGUAUUUGCCCCUCAACGACAAGGAUCUGAAAGCCAACAGCAUCGUAGUGUCCACGACGACGGAGAAGGAAACCCAGUCGGUGGAGGUGAAGAUUCACUUCCAGUUGCUGGAAAAGCGGCCUCCCCACGUCCUGUUGAAGUGUGUGGCCUGGGACAACGCGAGCCAGGGCUGGUCUGAAGAGGGCUGCACCUGGAGCGGAUCAUCCAACGAAGGCCUCUGCAUCUGUAAACAUCUGUCCUCCUUCGCCAUCCUGAUGCAGAGGUAUCCUUUGAAGAUCCCCGGGCUGGAUGAGGUCACCCAGGUGGGGCUGUGUGUGUCCGUGAUGUCGCUGGUCAUCAGCCUCAUUAUCGAAGUGCUGGUGUGGAGCUCCGUGGUGAAGACCAACACGUUGUACAUCCGCCACACCGCGCACAUCAACAUCUCGCUGUGCCUCCUGGUGACCGACAGCUGCUUCUUGGGAUCCAUGGACCCCCCCAACAUCUCCGAUUUGUGGUGCCGAAUCUCUGUGGUGCUGAAACAUUUCAGCCUCCUGUCUACCUUCUUCUGGAUGCUGUGUCUGAGCAGCAUGCUGAUGCACCAGGCCGUCUUCCUGUUCCACAACGUCAGCAAGAAGAUCUAUCUGAGGCUGUCCAUGUUCCUGGGGUACGUCUGCCCCCUGCUGAUCGUCGUCAUCACCUUCCUGGUGUAUGACGGCGGCGACGGUGGCGACGCAGGCGAGGAGGGCAAGUACUACUCCAGAAACACCUGCUGGCUGAUGUAUGACGGAUUCAUGAAGGGCUCCAUCCACACCUUCAUCAUCCCGCUGGGAGUGAUCGUGAUCGUUAACAUGUUCUCUAUGGUGGUGGUGAUCAUGAAGCUGUUGGAUCGCCCCAAGAACGCAGAGCAGACCAAUGAGGGUGAGAAGAAGGCGGCAGUCACGGUGAUGCGCACGGUGAUCCUGCUGACGCCCAUCUUCGGGCUGACCUGGGUGUUCGGGUUCGCCGUGAUGCUGGUGGACCUCACGUCCACAGUCCUUGCUACGCUGGUGAACUACGUGUUCACACUGCUCAACGCCUUCCAGGGUUUGUUCAUUCUGCUAACAACAUGCGUGAUGGAUAAAUCGACAAGAGAAGCACUCCGGAAACGGCUGAGGAAAACUGCUUCAGCACCGAUCUCCGACAGCUCCACAAAGUUAGAAACCACUUGGAAGAAUUGAAAACGUUCCUCAGUGUCUCUCAAGAUGAUCGGACCAGGCUUCAUGUUUGUACCUGUAAUAGUGCUAGGAUUUAUCCUGAUAUAUUCACACUGUUUGUUAUCUCCAGAUUGAACUCAUUGACGUUAAUUUGAUCAAAACUACAUUUUAUUGAGACAUAUUGUUUGGUAAAUUCUGUAAAUUACACAAAAACACUUGAAAAAUAGAGCCUGUUUUAAAAAUACAGGAAGUGAGAUGUAUAAGCUCGUCAUUCAUCAUUACCGUUUCUAUUAUUUCGUUUAAUCUGUUAUUAUUUGUGAUAUUAGCACCCUCUCUAAAUGAUUUGUCUUGCUCUUUUUGGUUUUGGUCUCUUAAGAUGUCUUUACUUUUCCUGCUUUUUUCACACUGAACGACUUAUUUUUAGGAUAAACACAACAUUUAAUAUGUGUAGAAACUCAAUUGUGCUUUUUAAUCAAAUGAGUAGUCAGCUGAGAUUUUAUUCAGGUCAAGAAGCUCGAAAUUAAUUGAUUUUCACCCAAAGAAAUGUCAUUAAAUGUCCUGUCGGUGAAGCAAUAGAACUGUG